AUAUUAUUAAGUGAAAUGGAGGCUAUUUUAAAUACGCAGUUUCAACAGCUGGAAGAUAUCAUCGAGGAAAUAUUAAAAGUAAAAAAAAGCGGGCAGAACUCAGACACAUUGCGAACUGCGGCGGCAUUGAAAUUUGUUGCAUUAAAGCAUGCAAAUCGAGAAGUUAAACAGAAAAUAAAGUCUGGACGGGAUAACUUACACUUGGAAAAAUGUAAAGUGGACAUAAGUCGGUUGCAAUUGCAAAAUCUUCUGUACGAAGUGAGCCACUUGAAAAAGGACAUCGUGCGUUGCGAGAAAUUCCAGAGUCGUGACUCCAAGUUGGUCCUGCUCUCAGACACUGAGUAUUUUACCAAAUUGCCGGGAAUUGAAGAUAGUAAAGUGAAACCAGAAUCGGAGCACUACAAGCAUUUGCAGCGCUUAGAGUGUGAACUGCGUUUAAGGAAAGACCUGGAUGAACAGAAAAGCUCAUUGAAGAACUCCAAAAAGGAGCUGCAACAAGAGAAUCUUAAACAACAUAAUAGGUACGUUUCAUUCGCGCCAGCUCUACGCACCCUAAAGAGUGCUACGAAACCGCUGCAUGAUGCACUGCAGCUUUCUCUUGAUGUUGAAUGGAAGCUUAGUGCUGUGGUCAAAUAUCUGCCCAAGCCUCUUUAUAUAUUAUUCAUCAAACUGCAAUGCCGUCAACGUGCGAGCGAUGAGCCAUCAUUCAAUGUUGAAGUGAUAGGAUAUGAAAGUGAAGCUCAGAUGCAGGAGUUGACAAACCUAAAGCAAAACCCAAAAGCAAGGCGCGACUACUCUGAAAGGGACAUUGAAUUGUCGGGAAAGCCUGAGGAAAAUCCUUUGAACAAAGAAUUAAGUCCUCAUCCUCUGCACAUUCGCAUCACGCUUGGCUCUGCUGGCUCGAUUCAACUGGUGUUGAUUAUUCGCUAUUUCGAACAAAUUAAAUGUGCGACCGCAUGGCCCCAAUUGAGCAUUUCCAAUAAUACAAACCAUCAAGGGGAUACUAAUUUCGUUCAGCAUCUCCUUCGGCAUUUGUUUGCAAACGAUUUGGGUAAUGAUAUACCUAUACCCGGUAUUCAAUACGAUUUACAGAAUAAGGAUCUGACACCAGAGGAAUGUAUACAAUAUCUGGAGUCUAAGGACUUUGGAAAAGCAUACUGUUGGUUACAAAGUAUAUGCUCUAUACCAACAGUCAACAGCUCGCUGUUGUAUAAGCAUUAGCUGAACUUGAAUAAAAGCAUGAGGGAGACCAUAGCUCGCAUUACACGGCGCUGGAACUCUUGGUUAAAUCUAAGUCAGCAAAUACGUGGUCUGACUAA